AGAGACAAAUAGAGGCAGACUCAUUCUGUUACCAGUGCGCUCUGCACUCCUCUCUAUGCCAGUACCUCUCCGUGACGCUCCCAUACGCUAACACACACACUUUGUUACUGCACGCUACACACUUAUCCUGAGGACACACACACAGACAAAAAGACUGUGCGGUUGUUGAGCGGGAGCGGCAUGGAAUGGAACCUCAGAAGGAUGGACAGUGAACUGAGACAGAUCAACCCAGACCUGCUGCAGCCCAGCAAGAGCAUCAAGAAGCCCUCCUCAGGCACCAUCACUCUCAACGUGGGGGGCUUUCUCUAUGCUGCACACCGCACCACCCUCAGCCGCCACCAGGGGUCAGUGUUGGAGGAGCUGGCCAGCGGCAGGAAGCCCAUCCAGCACACUGACUCCAUGGGCAACCCCUUCAUCGACCGUGACGGCCCCGUGUUCAGACACAUCCUCAACUUCCUGCGGACCGGAGACCUGCAGCUGCCCGACGACUUCCGAGAGGUGGGCCUUCUGAGAGGAGAAGCAGAGUUCUACCGCCUCAGCGGAUUGGUGGAGGCCAUUUCAGAGUGGGAGGGGAUGCGGGCAGCGCAACGGGAGCCCGCCUUCCUGGAGGUGACUGACGAGAGGUCGCAGGGCUUCAAGGUGUACUGCAGCGACCCCUCCUUCAUCGACAAGAUCAAAGGGCGCCUGGUUCAGAUCUCAAAGAGCCGGCUGGACGGCUUCCCGGAGGAGUUUGAGGUGUCGUCCAACGUGAUCCAGUUCCGCCACUUCAUCAAGUCGGACCCUGGCUCCAGGCUGGUGCUGAAACAGGACAGUACCUUCCUGUGUACCCUGGAGUGUCUGAAGCUAGAGACGGUGAUGCUGGCCCUGAAGGCUGGCUUCUCUCUAAUCAGCUCUCUGGACAGCAGCAAGGGAUCUGUGGUGGCCGCAGAGGCUCUGCACUUUGUCAAGUAAGAGAGGGUGGUGAGAGGCAGGGAAGAGGGAAAGCUGGGGGAGCAGGAUCAGGAAGGGAAUGAACAGGGAGGUGGAUAGAGAGGGGACGACUGGGAGAGAGAGGGGCAGGUACAGUAGGUAGUGAGGGAAACGAAGGGAUGAGGGAAGGAGAAAGGUGUCUGAUUCCAGAUUGACCCCAAGCCUCUAGAUUGAAACUGACGCAGGACAGUCAUUUCUCUGCACUUUGUCUGGAGUCCAACCGAAGAGUCGAGAGAGAGCAUCCACCCUCACUGCUGCAGGACAGAACACAACCUCUCAGAGGACCAGUCCCCUACUGAAUUACACAUACAUAGGCUGCUUCCCCUUCAAACCAGCCUUAGAGCACCGUGAGGUAUUACAGUGUGUGUUUUCAGUUGCUGUGUUUUGAGUGGAGUUGUGUGACCAAGCCUUUCUCUGGAUUCUGAGGUGAGAGGUACAGUUGAACACUAUACCUCUGACUGACUGUUGCUGAUCAUUGGACAAAAAAACUAUUGUCUAAUUGCAGCAACUUGCCUGACUAGAUGGAAGGGAGGUCAGUGUGAAUGCCCUGCAGCAGAGAAGCACAGAGAGUUUAGACCCAAAGGUUCAAAUCUAGCAUGAUGCAUGUGCAGUGAAGAUUUUCAAAUCAGACACCAACAUUGUGAUUGUAUGUGCUGUGAGUGAGUAUGUGACAAUGUGUGUUCUUUUGGAAAUGUGAAUGUUUUGUUUCACACAAAAUAAAAGUCAUGAAUAUCGGCA